AUGGUGGUUCGCCGCUGCGUGACGGCUCUGGCAAUUCUGGGCAUCCUCGGCAGUUUCUCUUGGCUGUCCAGCUUGGCUUCUACCCCUGGCACAGACCAGAAGCAGGUGACUAUUGGAGAUCCCGAGGAAGUGCUGAAGGCAAAUGGAGUGCAGAACGGAUCCGCACUUGCAGGAGCUUGUACUGGUCCCAAGUUGGUCGUCCAUGUUGGGCCACAGAAGACCGGUACCACGGCCAUUCAAAAGUUCCUGAUACAGAAUGCAGGCUGGCUCCGGGACGAAUUUGGCUUGAGUUUGGGUUUCCGUGGCUUUGCGAAGGCAACUGCGCGCUUUAUUGUGGAACCACUUCUCUACACCUGUAACCGUGGCGGCGGAGAGCAGCGAGAUAUUGUGAAAGAAGCAAGGCUGAAGGAUGGGUUGAGCUACGUAUACUCGCAGCUGAAUUCGUCACAACUGGUUGUAUUAUCGUCUGAAGAUUUCGCCUUCUUUGACGUCAAAACUUGGCGGUGCUUCAUGUCUCUAUUUGGUGCGAGCACUUGCAUGUCUGCGGUGGUGUUUCACCGGGAUGCUGCUAGCUGGUAUGCCGCAGUGUGGGCAGAGCAAAGCAAGGUUCGAAGUAUUCCGCUAAAGUUUCCAGCUCAUUUAGCAUCGAGCCUGCACAGCUUUCAUGUCGAUGCUCAUGGAGACGCGGACGAGCACCUGCGGCUGCUCAACAACUUAAGCAUGUUCCAGACGGUGCAUGCUGCAUCCUAUGAGUUUUUGAAAGAGGCGAAAUGUAGUGGGGCGGCGUUCUUGGUGUGCAAUGCGAGCCUGGGUUUCAGGGGCAGUCGGUGGAAGCAGUGCAAGGACUCUGUCAACGGUCGCCAAAAGUUGUGGAACGAGUCCCCGCCUUUUGCGGCGAUUGAUGUGGUUCGAUUGGCACGAGACUUUCACGAGAUAAAGCAGGCGAUGGGUAAAAACACUUCUCUGUGCACGGCCUGGAACGAUGAGAAGUUCAACAGAUCAGUUGUGGCCGCACACCCCGACAAGUUGCUCACUUCCGUGAAUCCUGCUAUUAUCCAGGCUGCAAAGAACAUCCCAGCCAAGUGUGCAAGAUUGGAUGCUCUGUUCCACAGCGAGAACGAGAAGUGGUUUUCACGGACCGGGGCGGAGAAGCCGACAUCUGUUUCUCGAGACAUCUGUACUGCAGAUGUUGCUGCCUUCGGGCCAAGGCACUGGCAAACUAUCCGCAAGAUUUCGCCACACUGCUAG